AUGAAGGAUAUUUUUGUGUUAAGACAGAGAGAAUUGCCGUAUAGAGUAAUAGAUGGGGAGCCGGUUCAGGUGUCGUUCUCGUCAGAAGAUGUGUUUGCAAAGAUCAAGGAAGAGAACAUCAAGUUUCUAGAUCUGCAGUUUACCGGCCUGACCGGCAGGUUUCAUCACACCACCAUCUCGACCAACAUGUUCACGCCCAAACAGAUGAAGGAUGGCCUGCCAAAGCUGGACGGCUCGUCCAUUUUGGGAUUUACCAGUAUAGACGACUCGGAUCUGAUCCUAAAGCCGGAUCCCAGCACCUUUGCGGUCAUUCCAUGGUAUGAGGAAAACAAGACCGCCCGACUUCUCUGCGAUGUGUACUGGGGCGCAGGCCGGGGAAGGCUCUCGCGUGACCCACGCGGGAUAGCACAGGGGGCCGAGGAGUGGGUAAAGACCGCCGGUUUUGAUUACAGUGCCUGGGGCCCCGAGGUGGAGUUCUUCGUGUUUGACAAGGCUCAUUGGGAUGUUCUGACUCCCUACAAGGGACAGUCGUACUCGAUCGAGUCCGUAGAGGCCCCGUGGUCCCAAGAAGGCACCGGAUAUCCCAUGGGGCUGCAGGAAGGCUACUAUCCCAGUACGCCGUCUGAUACGCUUACGCCGUUUAGGAAUGAGUGUGUAAACGUGUUGAGUGAAAACUUUGGCAUCCUGUGCGAUAAUCACCAUCACGAGGUGGCCACCGCCGGCCAGUGUGAGAUCGACAUAAAGUAUGACUACCUGACAAACUCCGCCGAUGCCACACAGUCCUACAAGUUUGUAAUAAGGAACAUUGCAAAGCGGUUUGGCAAGAUUGCAACCAUGAUGCCCAAGCCCAUCUCCAUGGAUUCGGGCUCGGGAAUGCACACCAAUGUAAGCCUGUGGAAGGAUGACGAGAACGUCUUCUUUGAGGAGGGCCAGGAUGGCGAAUUGAGCCAGGUUGGAAGGUACUUUUGUGGCGGAAUUCUGGAUCACGCAAAUGCACUGUGUGCGAUCUCAAACCCCACCACAAACUCUUACCACAGACUGGUGCCUGGGUACGAGGCACCGGUGUAUGUUGCCUGGAGCGGCAGCAACAGAUCUGCUAUUGUGAGGAUACCCAGACAUUUUGAGGGAAGGGACUAUGCGCACCUCAAGAGACUGGAGUUCCGGGCGCCAGACCCGUCUGCAAACCCCUAUCUCGUGUUUUCGUCGGUGCUGGCAGCAGGUAUUGACGGCGUCAAGAAGAAGACCGACCCGGGAGACCAAGUAAAGGAGGACAUCUUCAAGAUGACAAAGGAGGAGAGGAGAAAGCACGGAAUAGGCGUGCUGCCUGCAAGCCUAGGCGAGGCGCUGCUUGAGCUUGAAAGUGACAGGAUCUUUCUGAAACCCAUCUUUAAGGACGAGGUGAUAGACAAGAUCAUAGAGCUGGAGAGAAAGGAUCAGAGAGAUAUCGCCGUCCGUCCCCAUCCGCACGAGUUCUACCUGUACUUUGAUGUAUAG